AUGCAGUUCUUCACUAUCGCCGCCCUCUUCGGUGCCGCCGCCAUGGCAGCACCCGCUCCUCAGACCCCCGAGUGCCCCAACCCAGCUCACUGCGGUGGUAGCCCACCCGACCCAAACACUUACGAGAACAUCGACUUCACCGACUACACUCUCCGCAAGAACAACGACACUAUCCAAUCCGUUUCGUUCAAGCUCACCGGCAAGAACGCCACCGACCUCGAGUGCUCUGGUGGUCCUUACCCUGUCCUUCCUUCUGAGGUUGAGACUUGUGGUGACUCCAAGUACCGCUUUGGCAUGUACCAGCCUGAGAACAGCACCGACACCUUCGCUAUCCGCGUCUACCACGAGCUUGGCACUGCUUUCGGCUUCUGGGGCGAGGGCGAAGUUCCCACCUACUGCCACGCUGGUGGUAACGGUAUCAAUGACUUUGUCUGCCAGCAGACCAACGCUUACACUAUGGUCAUUACUGCCUCUGGUUAA